CUAGUGUGACGUAUAAUCUAGUGGACGUGGCGCUCCUUCAACAACAACAGCUAGUCAGACACCUCGGUAGCUUUCUAGCAAAUAUAGCUACAACAUUCACGCUCUUUACACUGUUUUGGCGUAUAUUAGUCGCUGUUACACACUUCUGUCGUAUGUACUUGUUGGCCCAUUCAAUUAUAUAUUUACGUUGUUUUGAUCAGCUAGCUGGUUUGCUAAGUUAGCUUAGAACUAGGCUAGUCGCUAAUGCUAGCUAGCUAACAUCCCCGACCAUGAGUUCACUAAGCUACUCUCCUCCUGCUAAAGAAGAGGGGGUCUGCUGGACGGAGAAAGAAGCUAUCAUGAAAGAGGAGGUUGAAGAGAAGGAUGUUACAGUACAAAAACAAGUAGAGGGUGAGGCUGCUACCGUGAAAGAAGAAGAGAAAGACGUUUCAGUGAAAGAAGAGGAAGAUGCGUUCAGAGUGAAAGAGGAGGAGGAUGUUACAGUAACAGAAGUGGAGGAAGAGAAAGAGGAGGAGGCAGUUUUUGGAGUGAAAGAGGAGGAGGGGGAGAUUACUGUCACAUUGGAGGAAGAAGAGGAGGUUGGAGAUCUGUUUAACACCAGAGAGAGACGGGACUAUCGUGGAUCCUCUGGGGAGCCUCAACAACCUCAUGAUGCUAACAAGGCAGAGAAGAGUCUCUCCACAUUAGAACACCUCAAGAAACACCCGCAGAGAUCCACAGGGAAGAAUCCUCACUGCUGCGCUGACUGUGGGAAGAGAUUCACCUCCUCAGCAGGCAUUAAAAUUCAUCAGAGAACACACACAGGAGAGAAAUCUUAUAGCUGUACUCAAUGUGGGAAGAGUUUUACUCGUUCAACCAGUCUGAUGUCACACCAGAGAACACACACAGGAGAGAAACCUUAUAGCUGUACUCAAUGUGGGAAGAGUUUUACUCAUUCAGCCAGCCUGAUAUCACACCAGAGAACACACACAGGAGAGAAACCUUAUAGCUGUGUUCAAUGUGGGAAGAGUUUUACUCAGCUAAGCAGCCUGAUAUCACACCAGAGAACACACACAGGAGAGAAACCGUAUAGCUGCGGUCAAUGUGAGAAGAGUUUUUUUACAUCUGGCCAUCUGAAGAUACACCAGAGAACACACACAGGAGAGAAACCGUAUAGCUGUAAUCAAUGUGAGAAGAGUUUUUUUACAUCUAGCUAUCUGAAGAUACACCAGAGAACACACACAGGAGAGAAACCUUAUAGCUGUGGUCAAUGUGGGAAGAGUUUUACUCAGCCUAGCAACCUGAUUUCACACCAGAGAACACACACAGGAGAUAAACCAUAUAGCUGUGAUGAAUGUGGGAAUAGUUUUAGAACUGUGUGUAAUCUGACUCAUCACCAGAGAACACACACAGGAGGGAAACCUCAUAGCUGUACUCAAUGUGGGAAGAGUUAUUUUACAUCUAGCAAUCUGAAGAUACACCAGAGAACACACACAGGAGAGAAACCUUAUAGCUGUGAUGGAUGUGGGAAGAGUUUUACUCAGCGAAGCAGCCUAAAAACACACCAGAGAAUACACACAGGAGAGAAGCCUUAUAGCUGUACUCAAUGUGGGAAGAGUUUUGCUUACCAAAGCAGCCUGAUAUCACACCAGAGUACACACACAGGAGAUAAACCAUAUAGCUGUAAUGAAUGUGGGAAGAGUCUUACUACUUCGAGCAAUCUGACUCUUCACCAGAGAACACACACAGGAGAGAAACCUUAUAGCUGUACUUAAUGUGGGAAGAGUUUUGUUCAAUCUGGCAAUCUGACAGUACACCAGAGAACACACACAGCAGAUAAAUCUUAUAGCUGUAAUCAAUGUGGGAAGAGUUUUACUCAGUCAAACAGCCUGGUACAACACCAGAUAACACACACAGGAAAUAAAUCUCGAGAUAAUCUGAUAAAAGAUCUCUGAUCAAGUAAUAGAAAAUACAUACAUGAAGGAGUUGUUUCAUGAUAUCAAUGAAUUAAUGUCACAAUGUAGAAUGUUAACACAUUCUAGUAGGAGUAUUUGAAUGAUGUCACAAUGUAGAACCCUAAACGUUUGCCCCCUUAUCAAUUGAUUUCAACAUGAUAUGGAUAUUAGCCUCAGGGGGAAAAUCCAGGCCCUGAAUUGGAAGAGUACUGUUAAGAUUUUUUUUUAAAUGUACUAACAAAAGAGUUGUGUUACACUUACCACGUUGGUGACCCACUUGAAUCAUAAUGCAACACUUCAAAAUGUAGCGAGCUGUUUUCUACAAAUUGUCCUCUAACCAGGGAUGUACACCAGGGAUGUACACAUUACUCCCAGAUUCCGUGUGGUUUUUGUUUUAACAGGACGUGCAACCUCAUCUCCCUCCUCUCGCACAAAUGAUUUUAGCAUGAUAUUGAGGAUUUAUGACAAAUUUGUCUUGCGUUCCUUUGUUUAGCAACCCCUAAAUCUAAAUGCAUCACUCCAAAAUUUAGCUGACUGUCUUCUGCAAGUUGUCCUCUAACCUGUAAGCUAAAAGAUAUCUCCCAUUUCCAUGUUUUUUUUUUUAUGUUAGUUUCAACAGCAAGUACAACCUGAUUUCCCCCCCUAAUCGAUAUCAGUGAUUUAUUGCUACUUGUCAAAACAACAGCGUUUUUGGUGCUUGUGCAGUUUAUAAGGUUCUUGUAUAAGUACAUUCAAGUAAUAUUAUUAUUGUGGCAGAUGUUUGUGAAUAUAGUACAUUUUAUGUUUAUUUUUUCAAUUUAUCACAAACUGUUUAUGCAUUUGGACUAUUGAUUUUUGACACGUUAAAACUGUGACAUUGGGGCUAUCCCACCGAGCAAAAUGUCGUUGAAAAUAAGACAUUGCCCGACAUACACUAUAAGUUUGGUUUUAGUUGAAAGUGAAAGUUGGAAAUAAAUCUAUUUAAUUUCAACGUACUUGCAGCCUAUACACAUGGUCUCAGUAUAAUAAAUUGGCCUAUAAUCAAUUUUAUGAACAAUCCUACAUCACUCCAGUAUUUAUUUACAACAUUCAAGUGCUAAUUGUCUUUAUUCCACUACUGAAGAAGCAUGACUCAAAUCACCUACUCAUAUUUCAAACAUUCAGCCUGACAAAAGAUAUAUUUUAUGCCUCACCAUUAAGUGAAUUAUUGCUAAUACAUAUUAACAAAGGGGUCUACAUUUGGUUUAGAUUUUUCAUGUUAAAUAUUCAUGUUAGAUUUAGUAACCGUAAUUAUUUUUGCAACCAACUGACAAUUUUUGGGUACAAUUAUAUUGACAUUGUUGCCCUGCUUUUAGAAUAUCAGGGUUCAUUCUCAGAUGUGCCAACCCAAAUGUACUAGAGCAUGACAUUGGGGACUGGGCCCUGAUCCAACAACAUGCCUAUUGAGGGAACCCUGAAAAGAGAGAAAAGCUCCGCAGUGAGGUGGAAAGUUACUACAGAUAUUGCAGGAGUUUCCUCUUGAAAUCAGACAUGUCUGUGGUAAGGACAACUUGGUUGCUGAUUGUCUCAAAGGUGAGCAGUCAAAAAGAUUUGUGUUUAGCCAGUGCGUUACAAUGGAUCACAAUUUAUUUUGACUGCAUGUUUUUCCUAUUGGAGAUGAGUUUUGUUUGGGCUCGUUUCAAGGGGACGAGAGUUCUAGAAGCUAGGGAGUUUUAGGAUUCUAUCGAAAGAAAAGGGAUUAAAAAAUAAUACAAUAUGUUUUUUGUUGUUGACGCAUGUUGAUAGUUAGUAAUUACUUUCUUUUCUCAUCGCUACAACUCCCGCACAGACUCGGGAGAGGCGAAGGUCGAAAGUCAUGCGUCCUCCGAAACACAACCAAGCCGCACUGCUUCUUAACACAGCACGCAUCCAACCCGGAAGCCAGCACCAAGGAGACACCGUACACCUAGUGACCUAGUCAGCGUGCACUGCGCCCAGCCCGCCACAGGAGUCACUAGUGCGCGAUGAGACAAGGAUAUCCCUGCCGGCCAAACCCUCCCUAACUAGGCCAAUUGUGCGCCGCCCCAUGGGCCUCCUGGUCUCGGCCUGGUCUCUUGGUUCAAGCCUGGGCUUGAACCAAGAGUCUCCGGUUGCACAGCGAUGCAGUUCCUUAGACCACUGUGCCACUCGGGAGCCUUGAAGUUGUUUUCUGUUGGUGGUAAGCAAACUUGUCCAACAAAAACAUAGGAUAUAUUUGUUGUCUUAAGGGGGAAGGUGUUACAGGCUUUGGUUUUUCCAUUUAUGUUUUGAGGUUGGACUUUAGCACGUAUAGCUCAUUAGCACGUAGGACGCCCUGAUUGGUGUCACCUCUUUAGCCACCUGUGCUGGCUUGUCCAUCUUGUUAGUGGGAAGGUGUUUCACCUGAGCUGGUCCAGGUUCUAUUUAAGAGUGUCUGGCCCAGUGCUCCAGUUGUCUUGAUAGAUGUGGAGAGUCAACACCUUUAGUUGUGCUACCUUUUUGGUUUGCUUCCUGUCUUUACGUUUGGUGUGGGUUUUUCUUUCGUUUGCCUCUUCUUGGGCAGAUUUAGUGGGUGGCUUUUACUUCCCAGUUGUUGUCACUAGUCAACUUUCAGUGGACACUCCCAUAGUGUCUAUCAGAGACCCUCCUAAAAAACAAGCUUAUAUUUUGGGUUGGAUAUUAUUCAUAUUUUAAUCAAUGGCAUUUCCUUAGAAUGUUCAUUAGUCUUUCAGUUGUUAUUCUUCUGUUUUUUAUCCUCUUAUGUUUGUUGUGUACUAAAUAUUUCUGUUUAUAUUCAUCGUUUUUUUUGUAUGAAGUCAUUGUUGCAUCCAUGUCUGAAAUGUGGUGUAUAAAUAAAGCUUGAUUUGAA